CGCUUUUGCUAGGUUUGACCUUCCUGCUUCCCGUAGCAAAAUGUCACCUGCUCGCUGGUAAUACACGCAACUGUCGUGUCUCUGAACAAUUGUUUUUCCUAAACACAUCUUAAUAUGGCUUUCCAGUGUCAACGAGACUGUUAUAUGAAAGAGUUUGUCACAACUGUAGCUUCGUGUUGUCCUGCGGAGAUCAAACAAGACAUCAAUGGAAAGAAAGAAACAGUUAAAGGCUUCACUGUGAAGCUACAAGACACCAUCUUAUUUCCUGAGGGCGGUGGUCAGCCAGAUGACCACGGGCUGAUCGGGGACGUCCCCGUUUUGAGGGUGACCAGGCAGGGCCAAGAUGCCGCUCACUUUGUGGGGUCUCCGUUGGAGGUGGGUCAGGAGGUGCAGGUGAAGGUGGACUGGGAGAGGAGGUUCGACCAUAUGCAGCAACACUCGGGUCAACAUUUGAUCACAGCUUUGGCUGACUCAAUGUUUGGAUACAAGACAACAUCUUGGGAGCUGGGGCGUCACAGAAGCUCCAUUGAACUGGACACGGCGUCUGUAAAAGCCGGCCAGUUACAAGCACUGGAGGAUGUUGUGAAUGAGAAGAUCAGAGCCCACAUCCCGGUCAAUGUUAAGCUGCUUUCUGUUGACAGCCCUGAGGUGGAAAAGGUGAGGAGUCGAGGGCUGCCAGAUGACCACGCGGGGCCAAUUCGGAUUAUCGAUAUUGAGGGGGUCGACGCCAACAUGUGUUGCGGAACCCACGUGUCGAACCUUAGUCACUUACAGGUAAUCAAGCUGCUGGGGACCGAGAAAGGAAAGAAAAACAAAACCAACCUAAUGUUCCUGGUGGGAAACAGGGUGCUGAAAUAUGCAGAGAGAAGCUACAGCACUGAGCGCUCCUUGGUAGCUCUUCUCAAAACUGGACCUGAUGAGCACGUCGAGGCUGUGGACAAGUUGCAGAAGUCUGCCAAGCUUCUGCACAAAACUAACUUGAGCCUUCUACGAGACAUGGCGCUCCUCAUUGCUCACAACUUUAAGAAUGACCCCCAGAGAGGGAGCUUCUUCAGUUUGCACAAAAAAGAAGGCGACAAUGAGUUCAUGAAUAUCAUUGCCAAUGAAAUAAACACACAAGAUACUUUGGUGUUUCUGACUGUGGGAGAGGAAAAGGGGCCUGGUUUGUUUCUGCUGGCUGGACCCAGCGAACAAGUCGCACAGACGGGACCACGGUUAUUAGAGCUGCUGCAAGGCAAAGGAGCAGGAAAAAAUGGUCGUUUCCAAGGCAAAGCUAACAGCCUGGCACGGAGAGAGGAGGUGGAAGCUCUUCUUCAACAACACUGCAAUCAGCAAACGUCACAGGAAGAAUAAAUGCAGUUUU